CACUGGACUGGCCACCUCCUGUGUAGCUCAAAAUAAGGUCCCGCCUCUCCCCUCCUGGCUCUUCGCCCUGCGGUUCGGCUCAGGCAGCCUAUAUCUGGAGUAGCAGCGGAUUUGGCGGCUACCUCAGAGAGGGUGGUUGGCUGCCGUCACUUCGGAGAUGGGCAUCCUCUCCCUGCUUCUUCUGCUGCCUUUGGUAUCCAGCUUGGAUUUCCGCUACCAUCACACCAAGGAGUUGGAAGCUUUUCUGAAGGAAGUGCAGAAGAAUUACCCUGCCAUCACUCACUUGUACAGUAUUGGCAAGUCAGUACAAGGUAGAGACCUCUGGGUUCUUGCUCUGGGAAGGUCUCCAACCCAGCAUAAGAUUGGCAUACCAGAGUUCAAGUAUGUUGGUAAUAUGCAUGGGAAUGAGGCUAUUGGGCGGGAACUGCUCCUCCAUUUGAUUAAAUAUUUGGUGGAAAGUGAUCAACACGAUCCAGUCAUUACAAAACUCAUUAAUCACACCCGGAUACACAUCAUGCCUUCAAUGAACCCUGAUGGUUUUGAAGCAUCAGUUAUGCUUCAGUGUGCAUCCACAAUUGGCAGGUACAAUGCUAAUAGAAAAGAUCUGAACAGGAAUUUUCCUGAUCAUUUUACCACCAAUAAUCAAAUUAUCCAGCCAGAGAGUAAAGCAGUUAUGAACUGGAUAAAUACUGGAAUGUUUGUUCUUUCUGCUAAUCUGCAUGGUGGAGCACUGGUUGCAAGUUACCCCUUUGAUAAUGGCAAUCGCGUUACAAUUGAUGCAAAUGGUGUUAGCAAAACAGUGGACGAUGAUGUUUUUGUUCAUCUUGCAAGCACAUAUGCUAACAACCAUCGCACAAUGCAUAAAGAGAUUGUGUGUGAUGAUAUGAAUUACUUUAAAGAUGGUAUUACAAAUGGAUAUCACUGGUACAUAGUGAAAGGUAGCAUGCAGGAUUAUAAUUAUGUUUGGGGACAAUGCUUUGACAUUACUUUGGAGUUAUCAUGUUGUCACUAUCCCUCAGAAGAUAAGAUUCAAGAUUUCUGGGAUGACAAUAAAAUUGCUCUGAUUGAAUACAUUAAACAAAUUCAUCUAGGUGUAAAAGGCCGUGUUCUAGAUCAAAAGAACAAACCCAUUGCAAAUGUGAUCGUGGAAGUUCAAGGAAGGAUGCAUAUAUGUCCUUAUGUAACCAAUAAAAAUGGUGAAUAUUACCUUCUCCUCCUGCCUGGAGUCUACAUUCUCAAUGCAACCCUCCCUGGAUUUAUGUCAUUACAACAGAAAGUGGUUUUACCAAACGGUGCAGAAAAACUCAGUGCCUAUGAAUAUGAUUUUAUUUUCUCCAUGGGAUCUACCUCAAAAAAGCCUGUUCCAUGCCCAUUGAAACCACUUUAUUCAAACAGUGUUAGUACAUUUACUGUUACAGUGUUUUAUUUUCCAAUUUUUGUAUAUAUAUGUAUAUAUAUAUAUAUAUAGGCAUGUAAAAUUUUGUAUUAAGUUUGCUUUUUAACAGUACUUGACUAUAGAUUUUAAAUUGUAUUGAGAUAUUCUGAAUAAAACCUUUGAAUUAACUGCAUUGUUUCAACCUUUGAGAAUAGGAAAAUGUGCACAGGUCACAGUGGUACAAUUAUUUAUUAAUUUAAUGAAACAUCCCCUUUGCCCUUCACUUAAAAUAGAAUUACUAUACUAAUACAACUGGAUCUUAGGGAUAAAAAUGAGAAGUCAGAAGAGACCAAUGCAUAUUUUACCUGGUCGAUCUUUUCUCUUUAAUGAAGACAAAUGAAUGCAAACAUUUGCUUGAAAAAAAAUUUUCCCCCCACUGUUUAGGGUAUCUGUACACACAUGGAACCUACUCUGAGCAACCUGAGCCAAUGAGAUUAUUUUAUUAGUAUCUAUUAAGCAUCUAUAACAAAUGCUCUUGGAUAUGGUACUAUAUAAAAAAGGAUGAUCUGUUGCUUUUACCUUUCCUCGCCUCACCUUGGAAUCACAUUUUAGAAUUCUGAAGUCAAGAGAACUCUAAAUUAGGGGAAAUAUUUCAAUGACAAACUAUUUUUACAUUCCAGGUAGAAAAAAAUACAGUACUGAUGCAGAAUUUUGCCCCAAAAUUAAUACAAAUGGGAAAAUACUAUUUUAUGUACGUACACACACACACACAAAUAGCCCAAGACAUACACCAUGUGGAGGCUCUUCUUUGUCAGAUCUCAUUUUAGAAAAUAUGACUUCAAGGAAAUUGAUCACCAUUACAAUCUUUAGAUUGUAGUUAGAAAAGAAUCAACAUUACACAUUGCUGCCUCUCCCCACUACCAAAAAAAGACUGGAAACAGAUAACAUUACUGUUGUGAACUGAAUUACUAUAUAAGAAUAAAAUAUGGAGGAUAAACAAAAGCAAAGGUUGUUUAUUUGUAAAUUAUAGAUUGCAACUCACACUUCAUUGUAUACUAUUUGCUUGCUGUGAAUGUUACAAUAGUUAAGUACUUGGGAUGCUUCAUCUUAUUUCAGUGACUUUUAGAAUUAGUUCUAAAAACCUUUUAAACAGAAUUCUUGCCAUAAUACUUGACUACAGCACAAAUGUAAGUCAUCCUUUAUAAUUUCACCAAAGAAAUACACGUAUGGUAGCCUAAAGAACGUAACUCUACCAAAACUUUGGAUUCAUUGAGGCAAAGGUAGAGCGCUUUUACAUUGGGAACAGAUUGUAAAACUUGCUCCCGAAACAACUGCCUCCUUCUUGUUUUAAUCUGCAUUAAGGGAUCUGUCAGAACUAGUUUUUUUCAUGUCAGCUUUAAGCUCUUUUUGAGAUAAUCUUAGCUUGCUAGCCAAUAACCACU